AUGGAAGAGACAGCACUGACAAAAGAUCAGAUCACUGAGUUCAAAGAAGCCUUUUGUCUCUUCGACAAAGACGGCGACGGCUGUAUAACUGUGGAAGAGCUUGCAACUGUGAUCCGUUCGUUGGAUCAGAAUCCCACAGAACAAGAACUUCAAGAAAUCAUCACUGAGAUUGACUCUGAUGGCAAUGGCACCAUUGAAUUCGCUGAGUUUCUCAACCUCAUUGCCAAGAAACUUCAGGAAAAUGAUGCUGAGGAAGAGCUGAAAGAAGCAUUCAAAGUCUUUGACAAAGACCAAAAUGGUUACAUCUCUGCCAGCGAGUUGAGUCAUGUAAUGAUAAACUUAGGGGAAAAGCUAACAGAUGAAGAAGUUGAACAAAUGAUAAAGGAGGCAGAUUUGGAUGGUGAUGGCCAAGUCAAUUAUGAUGAAUUCGUCAAGAUGAUGAUCAACAUUGGCUGAUUUUUAAUUUUAUUUUUCUCUUAAUUAAUUAUAUAAGCCAAUGAUCCUUGAUUAAUGACCUUAUUA